AUGCGGAGCUCGGGGGCUCGCGACUGUUGGUAGGUGGCUGUUGGGGUCGCAUGAUGUGGCCGUUAGUGCUGUGGGCGCUGCUGGCGGCGCGAGCCGGGGCCGUUCUGUCGCCGCCGCCGCCUGAAGAGGCGGCGCGCAUGGCCCGCUACGUGUUGCACGCCUGCGACUGGGGCGCGCUGGCCACGCUGUCGGCGCAGGACGAACUGCGGGGCCGGCCCUUCGCCAACGUCUUCUCCCUCAGCGAUGGGCCGGCAGGGCCGGGCCAGGGCAGCGGCGUGCCCUACCUCUACCUCACCGACCUUGAGGUGUCCGUGCGCGACCUGCAGGUGAAUGCAAAUGCUUCCCUAACAGUGUCUUUAGCACAGACUCCUUACUGCAAGAAAAACAAGUAUGAUCCACAGAAUCCCUUGUGUGCCCACAUAAUCUUCGCUGGGACUGUUAUAAAGGUGAGUGACACAGAAUCGGGUUUAGCAAAACGAGCAUUAUUCACUCGACACCCUGAGAUGGAAAGCUGGCCUCGAGAUCAUAACUGGUUCUUUGCCAAAUUCAACAUUACCAAUAUCUGGGUACUGGACUACUUUGGUGGCUUGAAAAUUGUGACCCCAGAGGAUUAUUACAGUGUCAAACCCUAAAUUAGCAUCUGUGGAAGAAAUUUGGACACCUUCCCAAUGAGAACUGGAUUGAGGCAGGAGGGUGGUCUAUUUCUGAUCCUAUUCAAUCUGGCACUGGAACAAAUGAUCUGGAGCAUAAACAACAUGAGGGGAGUUAAUCUGAAUGGAGAUCAUAAAGUCCUGACAUAUGCUGCUGAUUUAUCUUUCAUAAGUGCAAAUAUGAAUGAUACAAAGUCUAUACUUGACUAACAACUAAAGCAAAGAAAGUUGGACCGCAAGUGAAUGUCGAUUAAACACAAUCUGCUGGUAAACAGAACCCUAAUAAAUCAGAAACCUGAUGUAACAAUAAACAGUACAAAUUUUAAACGAGUGACUCACUUCAUAUAUUUAGACCCCAUCAUAGCACAGGAAAGGAAGAAUGGAAGCAGGAAUUAGAACCUACUUUGCAUUGCACAAGCUCCAGUCAUCCAAGCUCAUCCAAAGGAAGACUAAGCUUCAAGUCUAUAAAAUCCUAAUCAGGCCCUAUAGAACCUCUGGCAGUUGAGCCUAGGUUCUCCCACAAGGAAGUGGGAUACUACUAGAUAGUUUUAAGAGAGAUUUUUAAAGAAAAUCUUUGCGCAGUGAGAACCCAUAACAUAAGAAUGGUACAAGAACCAAUAAUGAGUAAUAUCAAUUGUACAGAGAGACAACCCUGACACACACAAUUAGCACAACGAUUACAAUGCCUGGGCCACACUGAAGGAAUGGAACCAGUUGAGACACCAAAGAAAAUGUUCCUUGUGGUACUGGAGAAGAGAAGGCUGCCUGGAUGACCAAAGCAAAAAUGUUUCGAUGAUAUAGUAUCAGACGUAUGGAAAUUAAAUGUGGACAACUGGAGAACAAAGGCACACAGAUGAGAAUGGAUGAAGGUAGUGGAGGCAGCCAGUGACCUCUAGGGCUUAUAAUACUAACUUGUUGCUGUUGUUAAUAAUAUACUGUUCCUAUAAGGGUUUCAAAGUUUCCCAUACAUAUAGUGCACAUGCACUGUCCUCUUAACUCUUUUUUUUUUUAAUGUUUGUUAAUGUCUUUCCUAAACUAGUUUACUUGAUUUUAUUUAUUUAUUGGUCCCUUCUGUAAAGUUGUCAUAACAAUCAUACUUUGUUGAUCAGUCCCUGACAAACAAGCUUUCCCAAUUGUUAUUGUUCCUUUCUCCUAGCCAUCACUUUCGUAUAUCUUGAAAAGUAAUUGAGCAUGGAUUGCAUCUAUUUGUAAUUUUUAACCAGUGAAGUUUUACUGUAUGUUGCAAUACAAAAACAUUUUGGGUUCUUUUCUAUAAGAAUGAACAGGUAAUUGCAGUUAUACAAAUGCAGGUGUCCUAUUAGUACCUCCAACUUAAAAAGAAUUUAAUGUAGGAAAUUUCCUUUGGCAUGAACACUGAAGCAGUUUACUGCACUUGGAUUAAAUACGGGGUGGAAAGUAUCUUAGUCCAAUAGGUAAGAAUUAUAAGGAUACUUGUUUGCAUUUAGGAGAUGCGAAUUUUUAAUUUUUAAAAUUUUUUUGCUGUAUCACUUGUGAUCUGUGUUGGCCUGUCCUGAAGCGGAGUUUUCAAGAGAACUUCUGAGUUGUAUAUGGCAUUUACCAAUGCCAGGAUGUCCAGACAAUCUGCUGCAUAGGCCUGGGAUACAUAAGGCUUCAGAAUGACAUUCCAGAUGCUUUAGAAUACCUUUAAUCUUAAAGUAUAUUCAAUUUAAUUUUUAUUUUUACCC